ACUCAGCUGACCGUACGGUCAUGUGACUGCUGGCUACAUCGUUAGCUUCGUGAGUGAAGGAUUGGAAACGCGAGCAGCAGAAGAGUUUAAUGCUGGCUCUGCUCUUAGGGGUUCAUCAUGACCUGGACGAAGUACCAACUCUUUCUGGCUGGUUUAAUGCUCACUACGGGCUCCAUCAACACUCUGUCCGCGAAAUGGGCUGACAUGUUUUCUGCUCCUGGUUGCUCUGGUGCCCCUGAUCACAGCUUCUCCCAUCCCUUCUUGCAGGCCGUGUGCAUGUUUUUGGGUGAGCUGAGCUGUCUCGUUGUUUUCUACCUCCUCAUCUGUCACGACCGGCGCAAACCGGCGCCCACAAUAGAUCCAGGUCAGAGCUUCAACCCCCUCCUCUUCCUCCCGCCCGCUAUCUGUGACAUGGCAGGAACCUCCAUCAUGUAUGUGGCACUAAACAUGACCAGUGCCUCCAGUUUCCAGAUGUUACGGGGAGCGGUGAUCAUCUUCACCGGCCUGCUGUCGGUGGCUUUCCUGGGUCGUCGGCUGCUGCCCAGUCAGUGGAUCGGGAUUCUGAUCACCAUCCUGGGCCUGGUGGUGGUCGGACUCGCUGAUUUCAUGAGCGGCAACAGAGAUGACGAGCACAAGCUCAGUGACGUCAUUACAGGUGACCUUUUGAUCAUCAUGGCGCAGAUCAUCGUGUCCGUACAGAUGGUCCUGGAAGAGAAGUUUAUUUAUAAGCACAACGUUCAUCCUCUGAAGGCAGUCGGGACUGAAGGCUUUUUUGGUUUCGUCAUCUUGACCAUCCUCCUCAUCCCGAUGUUCUACAUCCCGGCCGCGAGCUUCGGCAGCAACCCGCGGCAGGUUCUGGAGGACGCGCUGGACGCUUUCUGCCAGAUCGGCCACAAGCCGCUCAUCAUACUGGCGCUGCUGGGCAACACGGUGAGCAUCGCGUUCUUCAACUUCGCCGGCAUCAGCGUGACCAAAGAGAUCAGCGCCACCACGCGCAUGGUGCUGGACAGCCUGCGCACGCUGGUCAUCUGGGUGGUGAGUCUGGCGCUGGGCUGGGAGUCGUUCCACGGCCUGCAGAUCCUCGGCUUCCUCAUCCUGCUGCUGGGCACGGCGCUCUACAACGGACUCCACAAGCCCGUGAUGGCCAGGCUGCCCUGCUGUUCUGGAGAGCGGGAGACAGAAACGGGAGACGCAGACGAGAGAGAGAGACUGGUGAGCGCAGGCAGAGCUGCACAGGAGAGCUAAUGAUGAACGGACAACAAAACGUGUUGCAGACUCGGCAUCAGCUCUCUCUUCUCUGUUUUCAUUGAGCACUGACCUGACUCGAUACACGUGGACUUCCAGGGAACAUGACUGACCUCUCUGGGUUUUGCGUUUUUAACUUUUUUUUUUUUUUUUAAUCUUCUAAAUCACUUGACCAGUAGGACUGACAGUAGAAGAGAAAUCUGCGGGCUGAUAUCUGACGAUCACUGACAUAAGGGCACUGAGCAGUCAAUUUAUUGACUAUUUCUCAUAAUGCCAUAUUGGAUUUACUAACGGUUUAAAAAGGGAUGGUGAAAAUUUUUUUGUUAUUUUAAAAUAACAUUUUAAAAUUUUUUUAAGUAAUUUUAGUAUCCUAGAGGGCAAAAUACUCAUUUCAUUUUAAUAACACUGUGCUUCUUUUUGGCCAGUAAUGUGCCACCUUUUGAAAAUGUGGGCAUUUUUAUUUUCUCUGUACCUCUUGUAACUGUAAGUGUGUUAUACAUGUAUAUUUUAUAACAGACGGUCCUCAAUGUAUCAGUCAGAAUAACAGUAUUCGAUAUAAAAUAGAAGUAAAACAGUGAAAUUCAGUCAUUAUCAACAUCUCCUGUCCUUGAAUGAGAACAUCCAUGUCUGUGUUCAGUCACCUUGAUGGCUUUAACAUGUUUUGGUGUGAAUCUCCGUUUUAAUUAAAUCACCUGUUAAUUUUU